AUGAACCGAUUGUUGAGCAGUGGAAUGUCUGCAGCUACCUUGCAGACCAGAAUGGCGUCGCAAUUGCUGAUCAACGAUUCAAAGUACGGAUUCCUGAAAGAGCUUGGUCUCACGGAGAACAACGCCGGAGUCUUUCAUGGAAAAUGGGCGGCGAGUGGACAAGUUGUUCAGUCAUUUGCUCCAGCAAAUAACUCCCCUAUUGCUAAUGUACAAAAUGGAAACGUACAAGACUAUGAAAUCGCCAUCUCUGAAGCUAAAAAGGCUUAUAACGAUUGGUGCGAGGUACCAGCACCACGACGUGGAGAAAUCGUCCGUCAAAUCGGAGACAAGCUCCGUACGCAGUUGCAAAACCUGGGAAAGCUCGUGUCCCUCGAGAUGGGAAAAAUUUCUGCCGAAGGAGUUGGAGAAGUUCAAGAAUACGUCGAUAUUUGCGACUACGCUACUGGACUCUCUAGAUCACUUGAAGGAAAAAUCUUUCCUUCUGAGCGUCCAGGACACGCUCUUCUCGAACAAUGGAAUCCACUUGGAGUUGUUGGUGUGAUUUCGGCUUUCAAUUUCCCAUGUGCAGUGUAUGGAUGGAAUAACGCUUUAGCUCUUGUCACAGGAAAUUCUGUUGUCUGGAAGCCAGCUCCAUCCACACCAUUGACAGCUAUUGCUGUGACCAAACUUGUCGAGGAGGUUCUUGUUGCCAAUAAUGUAAAUCCAGCUCUCUGUUCCCUUGUCUGUGGAGAGGGUGAUGUCGGUCAAGCUCUUGUGAAGGAUAAGAGAGUCAAUCUAGUUUCAUUCACCGGUUCAUCAGAAAUUGGAAAGAUCGUUGGACAACAAGUUCAGGCUCGUUUCGGAAAGCUUCUACUCGAGCUCGGUGGAAACAAUGCUAUCAUUGUUAACGAGGAUGCUGAUUUGAACAUGGUUGUACCGGCAACAGUUUUCGCCGCCGUUGGAACUGCUGGACAGAGAUGUACAACCACGAGAAGACUCAUUGUUCACGAUAAGGUUUACGAUCAAGUUCUCGAGAGAUUGAAGAAAGCUUAUGCUCAAUUUGAAUCAAGAAUCGGAUGUCCAUUGGAUUCCAACACAAUUAUUGGCCCACUUCACAACCAACAGGCCGUUGGAAAGUACAAGGCUUCAGUUGCCGAAGCAGUUGCUUCUGGAGGAAAGAUUGAGUACGGUGGAAAAGUUCUUGAGAGGGAUGGAAACUUUGUUCUCCCAACAAUUGUCACUGGAUUGAAGCACGAUUCUCCAGUUGUUCUUCGCGAGACUUUUGCCCCAAUUCUCUAUGUUCUGAAGUUCUCAACCCUCGAGGAAGCUAUUGCAAUCAAUAAUGAAGUUGAUCAAGGAUUGAGUUCUUCUCUAUUUACAACAAAUAUUCAAAAUGUUUUCAAAUGGAUGGGACCAAAAGGAAGUGACUGUGGAAUCGUCAAUGUCAACAUUCCCACAUCUGGCGCAGAGAUCGGAGGAGCCUUCGGCGGAGAAAAGGAGACCGGUGGAGGUCGCGAAUCAGGAUCCGACUCCUGGAGGCAGUACAUGAGACGAUCCACCUGCACGAUCAAUUACAGCAAGGAACUUCCUUUGGCUCAGGGAAUUAAAUUCGAAUAGCUUAGUUUAGAUUUUCUGUAAAUAUUCAUUUCUCAUUCAAUUUGAGAUGUUUUUUUUUCAUGCAUAAUUAUUCUCAGUUCCGUUCUAAAAUUGCGUGUAAUUCAACUCUUGUCCUCUCCUUUUGUGAUUUGAAUUUUUGUGCCAUAUCAUUCCAAAUGCUUAGUUUUUUUUUUAAUGUUUGUUCAAUAAACUUCCUUUUUUAUUCAUUCCACAAAAUAAAGUGCAACAUA